CUCAGCUGUAGUUCGCGGCCUGCUAGAUUUUUCUGCGCUAUAUCACCUUUCGUAAAUUGUUAUUGUUGAUAUAUAGAUAUUAAAUAUGGCUGAAGGUAAUACAGCUGAUGGUGCAGCUGGGGGCGAAGACAAGAAGCUUUCAGAUAUCUUCCUAAGCGGCUGGAAUAUACUUGAUGAGCUGGAAGUUACUGAGCUGCCCUUUAACAGCAGCGAGUUCCAGAGCAAGGUCAAGACGGCAAUGGGCCUUUUCGAGGAGGCCACUGUCAUCGUGAACCAAGUUAGCAUGUUCAGUGCCAACGAGCUGAUCGAUGAAGUCUCAACGGACUCGCUGCCCUUCAUGCUUUUGCCCUACUUUUUGGCCAAGCUAACCACAAAGAUCAACAACCCCAACGACACGAAUGCUUUGGACCUGGGAGUGAUAUAUUUCAAGGACCACCUGCAGCGUUGCCAGGAGUACGAUCUCUGCGACACUCCCAAAUCGAAGGAGGAGGGACAGGACAAGCAGGCGAGCGAAAAGAGUGAGCAACGACAGCUUAUGGAGGCAGCUUUCAAUCGUAACGACAAAAUCGCCCAAUACCGCCGAGUGCAGGAGAUAAACAAGUAUAUAGGGAAAAUGCAAGCCGCCAUCAAAAACAAAACGGCUGACGACGAGGUCAGACGGGAGUUCUUCCUCAAGUAUUUGGACAAGAGCAUCAUUGACUCCAAGCAGGAAUUGGAAUCGCUGCAGAUGAUGAAGGAGCUGGCUAAAAUGCGCCUUGCUCGUAUGUCCGGUGGCGGAGCCGCUAAUGAAGUUGAUACUUCCCACUUUCAACAACCAAAGCCCUCCGCGUCGUCAUUUCCCACCUCGCGUGGACAUGGGCACAGCCACGGUCCCGGACACCACCACAACCAUCAGCUGGCACAAGCACCCAAGCCGGAGCCAUUGCAGCCAUUUAUCAUAACUCGCAAUGCCGCGCAAAAAGCGGUGUUUGGCUUGGGCUAUCCCAGUUUGCCCAUUAUGACCGUCGACGAGUUCUACCAGCAGCGCGUCGACGAAGGAAUAUUCCCUGACGAGGACAAAGUGGCCAAAAUGAACCAGGCACAGGCAAUCGCUGCAGCUCGCGAUCCCAAUGAACAGGAAGACGAAGAAAAGGCCGUCGAGGAACAGCAGGUGGAGGAGGACGAUCCGGAAUAUCUGGACCGUAUGAGGCGCAUGGACGAGUAUAAAGAUGUGGUGCGACGCGGCGAUGGAAACCGCCACAAUCGGAGCUAAAAAACUCGUAUAUAUUUUGUAUUUUUCUAAAUUAUAGAAAUAGAUAUCACCAUAAGGUC